AUGGCUCCUACGACGCAGGCCGUUCAGACUUUCGGCAAAAAGAAGACCGCUACCGCUGUUGCUCACGCGAAGGAGGGUCGUGGCCUCAUCCACAUUAACGGCUCUCCCGUCUCCCUCCUUAAGCCUGAGUUCCUCCGCUUCAAGGUCUACGAGGCCAUCCUUGUCGCUGGGGAGGAGGCGUUUUCCGCGAUCGACAUCCGUCUGCGCGUGAAGGGCGGUGGACACACUUCGCAAGUCUACGCUAUCCGUCAGGCGAUCGCCAAGGCGGUUGUCGCAUACUACGCCAAGUACUUUGAUGCUGCCAGCGCUCUCGAGCUGAAGAAGAAGCUCGUUGCGUACGACAGGACUCUUUUGAUAGCGGACCCCAGGAGAGCAGAGCCAAAGAAGUUUGGUGGUCAUGGUGCCCGUGCCCGGAGGCAGAAGUCGUGCGUCUUUUGUCACACUUUUUGCGUGUCGUUAUCCAUUCCUCAUUGCUCUGCACAGCUACCGGUGAACGUUAUCGCUGCGUCGUCAGUAUCGUUGCAUCGAGCACUGUCAUGUUUUGUAAAUCUUCCAUAUGCUAUGUUAUGA